UAUUGUGCUCCGCAAAAAAUAAAGCGCAGAGAAGAAGAAGAAAAACACAUCAACAAGGAAAUACCGGCGUCUUAUCAAAAUUGAUAAUUUAUUAAAGGACUUUGCAGUUUUUAGACUCACUUUGACUUCUCAUUCAUAUUUAUUGUGUUGUUGAUGUAGAUGCGUCUGCAGUAAAUGGUACCCACGCGGUCUGGGACACUUUAGCUUUCAUGCUGUAAAACUACAACACGUGGAUUCAGUGCGUGUUUACUGAUUACACAGCCAUUGGCUUUAACGAGGAAUUCAGAGCAUGGACUACCUGCCGGAUGACAACUCCAGGUACAAAGACGUUGACUACUGGGAUGAAAGAUACAAGACAGAGCAGAGUUAUGAUUGGUUGGGCAGAUUCUCCAAAUUCCAGCACCUUCUGGAGAAGCACGUCCAGAAAGAAGACUCUAUUCUGAUACUUGGGUGUGGAAACAGCAGUAUGAGCGGCGACAUGUACAGUGCUGGCUACCACUCCAUCACCAACAUAGACUACUCCUCUGUGUGCAUCAGUACAAUGAGUGCCAGAUACAGCGACUGCCUGCGUAUGACCUGGCAUGAGAUGGACGUGCGGCAGCUCUCCUUCCCCGAUUCGUCCUUCGAUGUCAUCCUAGAGAAGGCCACGCUGGACGCCAUCAUGGUGGAAGAGAAGACUCCUUGGGAGGUGUCCCCACACACCGCCUGUUUCAUUCACCAAGCACUCACAGAGAUCAGUCGCUGCCUGAAGCCUGGAGGACGGUUUGUCUCUGUAACCUUCGCCCAACCCUUCUUCAGGAAACGCCUCUACGCUCGCACCGAGUACAACUGGUCGAUUAGGAAGUACAGCUAUGGAGAAGGCUUUCAAUAUUUUGUGUAUGUAAUGACAAAAGGAGAGGAGCUUAGCCCAGAAGAUGCAGCUCUGGAAAAAAAGCUACUGGAGGACACCAAAUCACCACCUACCAGGGUCGCCACAACACAAGAUGAAGAUGAGGAAGACUUCCUGUCUAAUAUUGAUUUAAUUUAAUAUUUAACUGGAUUAUCUAAAGGAAUCUUAGGAAUACACUAAGCCUGGGAUUUAAGAGUAAGCUCUAUACUGCGAUAAUGACUUCAGAAACUCAAACUUUACCCUCGCGAAUACAACAACAAUGUCCUCUGUUACUCAAAAUGUCUACUUCACCAUUUUUAUGUGAGUAGGUAAGAAUUAGCUAUGUAUUUUAAUAGUUAUGGCCUGGGCAUAGAUGUUCAUUUAGGCUACGUUUACAUUGCUACGUUUUGAUUUAAAAACGAUUUUUGGCACCUUGGUAGCUCACCUGGUGGAGCAC